AUGACUACCACAUCUAGUCCUUCGUGGGUAAUUGACGAGUCAAUCGAAGAUGAUCAUGUGGGUAUCGACCAAUGGACCGAAAUCUUGGAAAUUCUUGCAAUGCAGGUGGGUAGGUUAACCCUUGAGCGAUAUAAUACCUCUGAUAAGUAUGCUUAUAAUAUGAACGAGGAGGCAAAAGCACAUAACAAGAAAUGGGGAGAAAUCACAGACCAGGAGGAUAAGGAUGGGGAAGAUCAGAAGAGGCAGCGUUGGCUGCAUUCGACGUGGCAUCAUUUUAAGUGCUUGGUUGGAGAAUCGGAGUAUGAAACCUCUGAAAGGGUGUAG